AUACAUAGGAACAUAUCAAUCCAAAGUUUAAGUUGGGCUUUAGCCCAAAAUCAAGUUAGCUAAAAAAAAAAGGUCCAGCAUAGUUUUCUGAAAUUCUACAAUAGUCCCCAAACUAGUUCAAAAUAACAAAUCCCACCCCAAUAUGAAGAAAAUCAUAUCAUCUACUACUCAGAUUCAAAUUUAGAGAGAGAGAGAGAUGAAUUCAGCAUCAAAACACCCUAUUUUCUGCAUAAAAUGGCCAUGGGAUAAUCACCAAAACCAAAACACUCCCAAUAACAAUAACAAUCCCGCAAAUAGUCCCUGUAAUUUAGAUAAUACCCCUUGGAUUUUCAAAUCGGCCCAGAAUUUGGGGAUUGCAGCGUUCAAUUUCGUCAAUUCCGCAGUAUCACCACCAAAUUCGCAGAAAAGCCCAUUCAAAUUGAAGCAAAAGAGGGAGAAUUUGAGCCCUAACGAGCAAGGAGAGGCGGAGCAGAGAGCGUUCGCCGCUGCUUUAGCGAGCGGGAAAGAAGCUACGGUUCUCGAAUUCUACUCGCCCAAGUGCAGGCUGUGUAAUUCGCUGCUUCCGUUUGUGAUUGAAAUCGAGAAUAGAAACUCCGAUUGGCUCAACAUUGUUAUGGCCGACGCCGAGAACGAUCACUGGUUACCUGAGCUACUCCAUUACGACGUAAAGUAUGUCCCAUGCUUUGUCCUAAUAGAUAAACACGGCAAUGCACUUGCAAAAACGGGUGUUCCGAACAGUAGACUCCAUGUAAUAGCUGGUGUCUCCCACCUUCUCAAAACGGGACGCAAGCAGAAAAAUUAGAAAGUUCCCGCUUUUUUUAACUUUUUUUUCAGACAUGGAUAGUUUUACUUUUUAUCUCCCCUAAUGGGUUUGUACAUAAAUUAUAAGUUAUGAUACAAGAGUUUAAAUUUAAUUGAAAUUUUAAGGUUGUUUGUUACAUGUACUA